AAAUAAUAUAUAAUAAAAUAUAUAUAGAAAAGAAAAGUGGAGCCGAAAAAAAGCCGCCAAAAAAAAAACAAAUCACUGAAAAGAUGUAAGAUAGCGGAAAAAGGCGGAUAGUAAAAGAGGAGAGAAGAAGAAGAAGAGAGUGCGAGAGGCGAAAAACAACCGUUAAUUUUCGCUCAGUGGAGGCAGGCAGGCAACAACAAACAAACAAGCAAACAACAAACAGCAACAAACACAGCCCCCCGCCCAGCCAAGGUCAACUUUUGGUGUUUUUUGGGGCCCAACAACACAAAAUGCACGCGUGUGUCUGCUGCUGUUCGACAAACAACAAUUGCAACAACAACAACAAGAACAACGACGGCAGCAGCAGCAACAACAGCAGCAGCAGCAACAACAACAAAAGCAGCAGCAACAACAAAUUGCAGCUAAAGAAGCACAAGGAAGAGGAAGCAUUCGAACCGGAAGCGGUACAAGUCAAGGAGCAGGAGGAGGAGCAGCAGCAGCAGCAGCUGAGGAAGCGGGAGCGGGAGGAGUUGUCUGCUGGCCAAAGCGCCAGUGGCGGCGACAACGACAACGAUCUCAACGGCGCCGCAACGAGGAGGCGGUGGUGGCUGCGCGGUCCUCCAGGAUCAGCGGAAGCGGAAGGAGGAGAAGAAGGGGGUGCAGCAGGAGCAGGAGAAGAAGCAGGAGGAUCCAAAGCCGGAGCGACAACGACGACGACGUGGUGUCCACCAGGCGUCGUUGCGGUGACGAUAGCGCCGCCGACGUUGUUGCUGUCGUUGCAGCGGCAACCACUACUGAUCAGUAACAGCAGCACCAGCAGCAGCAACAGCAGUAGCAACAGCACCAGCACAAGCAGAACAACAAAAUCCUUAGUAACAACGACCACCUCAGCAACAACUGCAACAGCAACAGCCUCCAUCAAUAUCCUUAACCAACACCAAUACCAAUACCAAUACCAAAUCCCAAUCCUCGCCAGUCACGCCUUUUGA